AACAAGAACGUGGCAAAUGGAAGCUCACACCGCCAAUGGAGAGCAGUGUCCUCCUUCUCACACAGCCUCAUCCAUGGCGACCCAAAUAUUCCUUUCACUCUCUCUUUCAAAACCCACUUCCUUCGUCUCAACCAAGUCGCUCCUACACUCCUAAGUACCGUCGUUGGGAUUCCAAUGCCGAAACCAUUCGGUCCCAAAGAUUCGGUUUUAAUUUAAGAGACAAAGGCAACAAAGAAGAAGAAGAAGAUGCUGAUGGCGACGAAGAAGAAGAAGAAGACUACAAUUACAAUGGAAGUAAAGAGAAGAAGAAAAGGCGGUGGUGGUCAGAUGAUUACUCGGAGUCGGAGAUGGAGGAAGGCUCUGGUGGAAUCUUGGAUGAAGCCAUUGAUAGUGUCUGGAUUCUCAAGGUGUUCAGAUCCUAUGGUUGGGCAUUUCCAGCUAUUAUCGUAUCUUUGCUGCUGUCUACGGGUGCAAAAGCUUUCCUCAUGGCUUUAGCAUUCCCCCUUUGUCAGUCAGCAUUUUCACUGGCAUUUGAGAAGUUGUGGGGAGGAACACAAAGUAGGCCAAAACGUAAGUCCAAGACCAGGAGGAGAAGGAAACCAUUUGCCAGCACUGUAGAUAACGUUAAAAUGGAUGAAGAACAAGAAACUAGCAACAAAAAGAUGGAUUAUCAAUCUUGGGUAGUAGGCAAUGAUGUCUCAGUUGAUAAUAGUGGCCAAAAUGCAUCAGGUCUUGGUGGGUGGGAUGAUCUUGAAAGAACUGAAUCUGCACGGAGGCAAUCUCGAAGAAAGCCGAUGGGGAAGGGUAAGUUGAGUAAGAGAGAAAGGAAAAGUGACACACCUCUGCUGUUUAGGUUGUUGAUUGCUGUUUUUCCAUUUUUGGGUUCAUGGACAAAGAUGUUUUGGUGAAUAGAGAAUACAAACCCGCUGUCAACCUGGAGAAUGACUUUCACUGGUUGGCCUGGAAGUGUAGAGAUCAAGCACUACAAGGCUUUUUGCUCCUCCUCUUACACGACCUUCGGAUCCCGUUUACAUCAGUUGAAGCUAAGAUCAAGGAAUCAAGUUUCAGACAGAGCCAAUUUGUGUACACGAUGGUUUUCGAUGGCAUAAUUAAGCCAUUUUCUUCGUACGUCUAGCUUGGAUGCUGAGGCUCUAUCAGUAUCCAUACGCCAUGUAUAUACUCAAAGUACAAGUUCAUGGUACAUUUUGUUCCAUACAGUGUAGAAUUUGGUAUUUAUCUCAUAAGGAAUUUUCUCUUCUUA